AAAUUCAUAUCCUUGGAUUGGGUAUUCUAUUGACUGGGCCUGGAUAAAAAACCAAAAAAAACACUCCUCACGGGGGAGUAAUAAUUUUCAUUCACACACAGAUACAUUAAUCGUUGCCGGAGAAGAUGAGCGUCUGCGUCGCCGUCGUCGGCCACCAGAACAAUCCACUCUACAUUCAAAGCUUCACAGGUGCAGAUGAUGCCUUGAAGCUUCAUCACAUUGUUCAUUGCUCUCUCGAUGUUAUCGACGAACGAGUAAAUAAUCCGAAAAAAGCUGGACCGCUGCUGAAUGAGACUUUUCUUGGUUUACUUUACCCAGCCGAUAAUUACAAAGUAUAUGGGUAUCUGACCAAUACAAAGGUGAAAUUUAUAUUGGUGACGACAGAUCUCGAUGUCAGGGAUGCAAGCGUAAGAAAUUUUUUUAGAAGGUUCCACUCUGCAUAUGUUGAUGCAGUCUCAAAUCCAUUUCACGUUCCUGGUAAAAAGAUAACCUCCAAGACCUUCGCUGGAAGAGUCAGUGCCAUUGUCAACUCAUUUGGGUCAAGCACAGCUACUGAGUAGCACCAGCCAGCCAUUGACUUUCUGGCAUCCACGAAGAAUGCAGGGGUGUAGCUGUUUAAUCGUAUUUGAAUUGGUAGAAUUUUCCUAAUUAAAUUGAGUGGCGUUAGUUGUGCUCUUGUGCCGGGCAAGGUAAGACCUUGUGGUAAUGUCUGUCCAAGACAUAGUAUCCUUCUUCAAUCAAACACACAGUAUCUUUUAAGAAGUAUAAAUUUAAAAAUCUUAUACUCCAGUUGCCAUUAAAGGAAGAAAACAAGUGUACUUUUGUUUAUUGUACGAAUCAAAGACAUUAUACAUGCUUAUCACAUUUUUCUGCAA